GCUGGGAAAUUCAUAGCAGGCCGGUAUUUAAAUGACGCACACACCUUCCGUCAGGACGUCCAGGUUCCAACUUGGAUUCAGUCGCGUGCGCGCAUUACAUCCGAGAGUGUUACAAAGAUGAGCACCCCGAUCAGAUUUUUGGCACUUUCUGCACUGAUCGUUUUAACGUUUGACUCAUUCCAAAAUAUCGAGAGCGCAGUCACUAGCAACCCAUCGAAAACUAAUAAACCAUCAAAUAUCCAAAGUACCUGCGCCAAAUACAUCUUUUCGGUUGUGAGUACCUGCUGCAAAUCGACCCCUACCGACCUUUUUGACAAGGCUUUUGCCACUGGGUGCAAAAAGAUGCAGUCGGCGGCGAACUUGGCCAUUUUCAAAGAAUACAACUUCAACAGGCUUCAGACGGGCGCAACAACCUACAGUUUCACAAAUCUUGGAUCCAAAAUCGUCUUUCCAAAAAUCAACGCGGAAUCAUUUUGCUUUGCUGAAUGUUUAUUCAACAACAAUUCAUUGAUUGUGGAUGGUGCGGUUGACUAUGAUGCCACAAAGACAUACCUUGGAAAACAAGUAACCAGCACUACGUGGAAAGACAUCGUUACUGGCGCCGUCGACACUUGCAAGACUAAAAUCGAAGAUGCUUUCACGGCUGACGAUACAAAGAAAACUGUGAAAAUGUUGAGCAACAGCUUCAAGACUUGCAUCACCACUCCUGCCAUGCUCCUGCAAUGCAUCCUCGGCACAGUUAUAAAGAGCUGCCCGGAAGGAUCAACGCUCACUACAACAGCAUGUACUACUCGGCUUGCCAAUUUCAACAGUUGCGAUCCAUUUGCAGCCUAGUUAAAAAAAAACAUUUCAAUUAUAAAAAUUAUUCAAAUUUUCGUAUCGAUCUAAUUAAAAUUUGAAAAAAAUAUGCGAUUUUUUUUCUGUGCCCGGCUGUGCCUACUAAAUCCGCCAUGAUAAAAAGCAAAGAAUAUUAAACGAUUUAAAAGAAAAAAAUAAAUGAAAUGAAACAGCGCACACCUUCCCAUUAAAAAUUUUGCAUGAAAAUGCAAGUAUUCGGAGCAGAGGCAUAACGUAUGUACAUCCGCAAAAUUUCCCAAUUGAUGUCAUUGCCGCCAGACAACGACGACAUCGUUAAUGGCUUUAACUUCCGUUCAUUGAUCAUACUAGAAGGUUUAACUCCCCAUUUAAAACUCGAUACUGGAGACCACAUUUUAAGAUUAAAAAAAUCAAUACCACAAAAAUAUUAAUUAAUUUUACUGUCAUAGCAAUUAAAAAUCAUAUAACCAGGAUUGGAAGACAUCCUACGCAUUUCUUAGAAACAAUAAAAAUGAUUAUGCCGUGUAUAAAUAAUGGUACGUGACCACCAACAAACCAUGGCGAGUUGUAAUUCUAAUGUGCAUAUUUUUAUUUUGUCUCUUCAGCGCGUUUCACAAUAAAAAUGAC